AUGGCCGCGACGCGGGCGCCGACCGACGGCCCACCGAGGGCUGCGCAGACCCACGUUAAACUACCGAAGCUCGAGUUACAGCGAUUUAGCGGCGCUUCCACGGAGUGGCAGUCCUUCUGGGAGCAGUUUGAGAGGGCAGUGCACGAAAACGACACCCUCUCCGACUCUGAGAAGUUUCUGUACUUGCGGGCGUCACUUUCUGGGAAGGCUGCUUCGGCCAUCGACGGCAUCCAGGUGACGGGAGCUAAUUACAACACAGCCAUCGAGCUCCUUAAAGAGCGCUUCGGUCGACGAGACGUGCUCAUACAAGAACAUCUAACUCAGUUGCUCGAGUUGCCACCAGUACGCAACGAGAAUGAGGUUAUCGGCCUACGUCGACUCUAUGACCAUCUGCAGCGCAACAUAGCCGCUCUCGCAGCGCUCGGAGUAAAAACAGAUGGCUACGGUGCCCUGCUCUGCUCCGCACUCUUGCGAAUGCUGCCAUCGGAACUAGUAGUCAACUACCACAGAGGACUCUCCGCUGACAGUAAGGAAGAGGGGAUUGGCAUCGAGAGUUUACGAGCUUUUCUCAAGACCGAAGUGGAGAGCCGAGAGAAGGCACUGCAGACUGGCCAUAGCGAAGUAAAAGGAUCCAGCUCAAAACAUCGAGAUAAAGAAAAAAGCAAAACAUCAAAAGGAUCAGCGGCUUCGCUCUUCUCUGCGGGCAAAUCGAAGCAGAUCGAUUCAUGCGCAUUUUGUGAUGCAAAGAAUCACGCGACUGACGAGUGUCAGGUACAAAUGUCCCUCGAUGAAAAGAAGAAACGACUAACUGCGGCUGGUCGCUAUUUCCGGUGCGGCGUAAAGGGACACAUGUCGAAACAAUGCCGCAACAAAAGGCUAAGUUGCAAGCACUGUGGCAGAAGACACCUGUCACAAAUGUGUGACCCCACCUGGAGGCAACCUGAGAACACAGCCGCAGAGUUGUACUCUUCAGCGGAACAGAAGUCGAAGAAUGUGCCUACCGUGUUGCUCCAAACGGCUCAAGUAUGGGCAGAAGGACGAGGGAGAGCUCUGACACGCCUCCUCUUCGACGGGGGUAGCCAACGAAGUUUUGUCACAAAGAAGCUUUCCCGCGAACUGCAACUAGAGGUGAUUGGUGAAGAGGACAUCACAAUCUACCCAUUCGGAGGAUCAGGCAACAUUAUCAAAGAAAAACGCAGAAGAGUGAAACUUUGGCUAAGAAGUCAGUAUGACCGCAACGAGCACUUCAUCGAAGCUCUCGAAAUACCAGAAAUCUGCUCUGAUCAGCUGCGAGUACCUGAGAACAUCAUACAAAAACUGCAAGCGGAAAUAGAUGAAUUGGCAGAUGUCACCGUUGCACCAGCCCACCUGGCGAGAAGCGGCAUUGACAUCCUUAUCGGUGCCGACUAUUACUGGUCGUUGGUGUAUGGUGACUUCAAGAAGCUGCAGGGCACACUUGUUGCACUGAAGACCAAAUUUGGGUGGACGCUUCAAGGAGCAAUUCCCUGCAGUAGCUCAGCUGCCUGCUGCUCAACCGCGGCAGUUCUUCGUGCUGGAGUGUCAGAUGACACAACAAGUUUGACCAACGAGCUGAAAUCAUUCUGGGAGCUGGAGAGCAUCGGAAUUACUGACUCUUGUGCCCAAACGAACGAAAAAAGCCAGGAAAUCAUCAACACGUUCUCGACAUCGAUCAAGAAAACAGACAAGCGCUAUGAGGUGGCAUUACCAUGGAAACCUCUGAACAUACAUCUCGUUCACAACAAAGCGAUCGCACAGAAGCGUUUGACAAGUCUCACGAAGAGGCUAUUGAAAGAUAACGCGACACUUAUCGCGUAUGACGCGGCUAUCCGUCAGUACCUGGAGCAAGGGUUCGCCGAACGACUUCCACCGGAAGAAAUCAAUAACGACGACAAACGAGUGUACUACAUGCCUCACCGCGCUGUCUUCAGACCUGAUAGCCUUUCAACCAAGAUUAGGGUCGUAUUUGAUGCAUCGUCAAGCGACACAGGAUGUAUCUCCCUGAACGAAGCCCUGGAGCCAGGACCAAACUUGAACCCAGACUUGCUGAAGGUGCUAAUUAACUUCAGAAUUCACCACAUCGGACUAAGUGCCGACAUUGAGAAGGCAUUCCUGCAAAUUUCAGUGACACCGGCAGACCGCGAUGCCCUCCAAUUCUUGUGGUAUGAGCACUUACCCACGAGGCAAGACCAAGAUUCCGUGAUAGAAGUCUGGAGAAUGACACGAGUGCCCUUCGGUGUGACAAGCAGUCCGUUCCUUCUCGCAGCCACAGUGCGUCAUCAUUUGUCAACUACUGCGGGUGAUUCACGCAUCACUAAAAGUAUCAGUGAGAGCCUGUACGUGGACGACCUAAUAACAGGAGCGGAGACAGAGGAGGACGCUGUAGACUUCUACCGAGGUGCACGAGACGUCAUGAAUCGAGAAAGCAUGACACUGCGCAAAUAG